AUGAGGCCAACUGAAACUCCUAAAAAUCCUGAUACUACUGAAACUACUAAUGUUGCUGAAGGAGAAACUACUAUAUAUCAUAUUAAAUACUUCACAGAUGCUAAAUGUACAACUGCUGUUGAAGAUAAUCAAGAUGUCACAGUAACAAAAAUGGAAACUAAACCAGAAAACACUGUUAUCACUAUGGUAUUGAGUGAAGCUACAGAAGAAGAACCAACUGAUCAAGUAACUGACGAAGCUAGAAAUACUUAUACUCAAUAUGUUGUUGCUGGUGUUUGUGUUGACAGCAAGAUUUUCGUUAAGGCUCAAUUUGGUGUUGGUCAACAUAAAUGUACUGCUGAGAAUACAGAUAUUGGUGAUCUUGAAGCUAUUAUUACUGAUAAAUACAAUGAAAUUACAUGUACAGUUGAAAAAGUUACUGUUGAUGAAAGUAAAGUCUUCACUAAAGAUAACACUGCUGCAAUUCAAGUAGUUCAAAAAGUUGAAAAUACAUACACUAUUGCUGAUAAUGCUGAAGUUAUUGAAAUGACAUCUGCAACUGAAGGUGCUGUAUUCAAAUGUAAAACAGCUGAAGAUAAAACUACAUGCACUAAAAAGGGAGAUAUUUUAGUAAUUGAUGUUGAUAAAAAAAUUGCUGAUGGUAGUAUUUGUAAAGAUGGUGAGUGUGCAGAUUCUAAUGGAAAGGUAUACUUCUUCUCAAAAUGUGAAUCAAAGAAGAAAUUCUUAAUUGUUGGAGGAUUCUUCCAACAAUUUGAAUAUAGUGAUGAUGAAUGUAAAAAUGUAAAAUCACUUGCUAUUACAAGUACUUCAAGUAAUUCUAGAAUUAAGGUUAAUGAAGUUGAAUAUUCAGUUAGUUAUACUAAAAUUGAACAAGUAGAGACUGUUUAUAACAAGGUUUCUGAUAUUGAGUACAAGACUUAUAAAGUUGGUGGAUGUGAUAAAACUGGUGAAUCAACUAGUAAAUUUGUAGCUAAGACUUCUGAUAACAUUUAUGUUAUUGAAAAAUCUACUGACAAUAGUUGUGGUACUCCAGAAACAAAUGAAAUUGAAGUAAUUGCUGAAGCUACUAAAGAAGUUCCAGUUGAAGGUGCUACUGUUGUUCGUAUUGAGUCUGAUGCUUCAUGUUCAGUUGUUGAAGUUAAUGAAGCUGUUUUCUCAACUUCAAUUAAAUUAGAUACUUGUAAUGAUAAUAUCAAAUACGUUAUUGCUGAUGACGCUGUUGUUAAAUAUACAUAUGCUGAUGCUGAUAAGUGUAAAACUAAUACUGAAGGAACUGCUGAUGAAAAUAAAUAUGCAUGUGGAUCAUGUGUUGAUAGUGUCAAGACUAUUUGUCCAUCAAAUACUCCAGAUAACACUAACCCAAGUAGUGAUAAGAGCAGUAGUAACAAUAACAAUGAUGAUGCUGCUCCAAGUAUGUUCAUUGCUAUUGCAGCUGUUAUUGCCUUCUUCUUCUUUUAA